AUGAGGUCGAUUAGAAUAACAUAUUCUACUCUUAUGAGUAUCUGCCCCGUUAGGUUUGAAAAGGUAAGGACCGCUGAAAUCCAACCAUCUGCAGUGACCUCGCCCACAAGUGAUCCGAACGCUAAUUUCGCGUCAACUUCACAUAGCGAAAUCAAUUCGGCACUUCGAAAACGCCCGUCCGCAUCCGCGGCGGUGCUCGCUAACGUUCUCGGAAAUGGGAGCGCGCCCCGAUGUCGCGCCACUGACAGGCUGACAGGUGCGAAAUUAAACUUUAUUAUUACAUUAAUUCAAUAUUGUAACGGGGACAAAGAUUGGUGGCGCCGCGCCGAUUGCUCGACGAGCGACGCGCCCAUUAAUUCCGCCACAGAGGAGGACCUGGGUGGGGCCAUUGUUGUGAGGUGCCCUAUAAAUGUACUCUUUGCGCAGCCC